AUGUCAUUAGAUUCAGAUAUAUUGAUGACGAUGUGGGAAUGUCAUCAGAUUCAGCAUAUUGGUGAUGGCUUGAGCACUGGCUGGAUCAGGUCGACAACUGUGCGGAAUGAUCGGAAAUUAUGGAUCGAUUGUACAGCCAAGGUACUCGUUCUGAAGCACGACGAAGCGACAUUUUUCAAGGAAACGCUGACCAAAAUUAGAAAUUCGCGUAAGGAGAGUCUUUAG